AUGGUGGUAACCCGGACUCUAUGGAAUACAAGACGUGACGUGCAUUUUCAAAAUCUGAAGAUUGAGCCACAAGCAGUUGCUAAGAAAGCUUUGAGUUUCUCUAAGUAUAUAGAGAAUCUCUACAACAGACAACAACACGAUAGUUUUAUAGAUAAACCUUCUGUGCAUAUAGAACAAUUAUGGACACCACCUGAUUUUCUCUUUAUUAAAGCUAACUAUGAUGCUUCUUAUGAUCCUGAUAAUGGACUAACAGGUGUUGCCGUUAUUCUUCGUGAUGGUGCAGGAAACUGGAGAGGUGGCCUCUCAAAAUGCUAUGCAGGAAUAAGGAGUUCGGAACAAGCAGAAUGUGUUACCUUCUAUGACGCAGUUAAAUGGUGUGAAGAACUACAAAUUUCACAAGUUAUUGUGGAAACUGACUUAAAGGGAAUUGAGAACUACAUCAACAACGCUGCUCCAGUUAUUUCAUGGGAGAGUGAAACAAUUUUGCUUGAUGCGAUAGACAAACUGAAGUUUUUUAUUAGAUGGAAUUGUUCCUUUGUUUCUAGAAAAUGUAAUAAAACUGCUGAUACUUUGGCCAAAUACAGAAGACAACAUAAAGUCUCCAGGAUUUGA